CCACGAAUGGGACAUGUCUCAUUACGGUUUAGUGUCAGAUCUCGCAAAGAUGUACAACGGGAGAUCGCGUAGUGCCUCAAGGACGGGUCCCGACUGUGGUUCCCGCUCCGCCCCAAUCUCCAUUCUCUUGCUAGCCCUGCUGGGCGCCAUGCAAACGACAACAGCCAUGUCGCUGGAUCGCCUCGCCCUCGAACGGAACGAGCUGCCAGCCGCUGCCCAGAACGAUCUGCUGGUGGAUGACAUGAAGCUGGCCUCACUGGCCACGGCCAGUGGCGACACGGACAUGUACAUGCUGGUGCCAGAGUCGGUGGCCAGCCAGCUGAAUGCCGCCGAUCGCAAUACCAUUGAGAGCGGCGCCAGCGAAUCCGAUGCGGAUGCCGAUCUGCCAGGCAGCUCGGACAUGCUAAUGCUGGAGAGCGACGACACACCGGCCAUGCAGCUCGUCGAGCUGCCCAGCGACAUCACAGUGGCCGAAGCAGAAGCAGAAGCAGAAGCUGAUCCCGAGGCAGAAACUGCUCACGAAACUCAGCCAGAGAUGCACAUCCAUCUCCAGCCGGAGAUGAUUGAGGAGCAUGUGGUGGAGCAUUCGGUGGAGGGUACAGUCGAAAGCAGUCAGAAACAGUCCAGCAGCCAGGAGGCACAGCUGGAGGACGCCGAACAGGCGGUGGAAACAGCCACAGAGACAGCAGCAGCAGCAGCAGCAGCAGUCCUCGAGGAGGAGGAGGAGCAGCAGAUCGCGAAUGAUGAGCCAGCGGCAAGUACUGAUGAUGAGGCGGCGGCCACAGAGAGUGCUGCUGAAGUCAUUGCCGAAGCUGUCGAAGAAGUGGAAAAGGAACUCGAGCAGGAGGAGCAGGAGAAUGCCCAGCCAGAAGAGCAGCAGCCACAGGAGGAGGAACAGCAGCUGACCCUGCAGGAUGCCGCUGAGACGCAGCCAAAACCAGAGCAGGAGCAAAAGAUUUCUGAGCCUGAAGUUGAAGCUGAAACGGAGCCCCAAGCGGAUGCCCAGCAGCCCAGUGAGAACGAGGUGGACACCACAGAAGCAUCCCUGAUGGAGAGCAUGGUCGAGGGCAUUGAAGAAGGCCUCACCGCUGCCAUGGAUAACCUCGUGCCCGAGGAGAUUGCCGAGGCAACAGAAGACAAACAGACAGAGGAGCAGCAGGAGGAGGAGCAAGAGCAGCAAAAGGAAGCACCAACAGAGACAGAGCCCGAGCCAGAGCCCGAGCCAGAGCAGGCCGCUGUCGAGGCUGUCGAGGAGGAGCAAUCCCCAGCCACAGAAGCCGCAGCUAUCGAGGAGGAGGAGGAGCAGCAGUCUCUGGCUGCAGCUGCCGAGCCUGAAGCCGAGCAGGAACCCGAACAGAUUGAGAUCCUAGCAGAUGAGCCAGCAGAGAUUUCUCAGGCCUCAGCUGCUGUGCCAGCGGAAGCCGAAACGGAGCAGCCACAGGCAGCAGUCGAUGCAGUCCAGACAGCCGAGGAAGAGCAGCCACAACCAGAGACCCCAAUCGAGGCUGAACCCAAGCCAGAAGAGGCUGAGAAGGAAGAAGUGCAGAACGAUGCAGAGGCAGCACAGCCAGAGCCAGAGCCAGAGCCAGAGCCAGAAACUGUAACCGAAGCUGAAGCUGAAGCUGAACCAGAGCUGGAAGUCCACGAAGCUGAACCUGAAGCCAUAAAGGAAGUCCUGCAGAUGGAGGAACAGAAGCCUGUCGAAGAGGUCCCAGUGGUAGCAGCCGAAGCCGUUGCCGUUGCCGAGCCCGAGCCCGUGACUGCAGAGCCAUCCAUUCUGACCACCAUCAUUCCCAUGGUGCAGCCACAGUCGCCGGUGCAAGUGGCCGACAGUGUGCUCAACUAUGUGAACGCCUCGUUCCUGCUGCAGCAGCCCGCGGAGGAGAGCUCAAGCCCCUUCAAUGCCCAUCUGCGCCGCUACGAUGGCGCCCAAGUGUGGCGCAUUGUGGUGCAAACGGACAAGGAUAAGCGAUUGGCGGAUGAGCUGCAGUCGAAAUAUGAUGGACAACUGUGGAAGGAGGUGAAGCAGGAGGUGGACUAUCUGCUGAAGCCGCAGGUUUUGGCUGCCGCUGAGCGUCACAUUCGUGCCGCCAAUCUAUCCCGAAUUGUGCUAAUCGACAACCUGCAGCAUGUCAUUGAGGUGGAGAAUCCGCCAGCGGAGAAGAUAGCCGAGCUGCAGAAUCGCAAGGGACACCGCUUGACUUGGCAGGCCUACCAUCGCUUGGAGGACAUCCACGGCUUCAUUGACUACAUGGCGAAGACUUAUCCAGACAUUUGCUCCACCGAAAUCAUUGGCUACUCCGUGGAGAAGCGACCCCUGAAGAUACUCAAAAUCUCCAAUGGAAAUGCGCGCAAUCCCGGUGUCUGGAUCGACGGUGGCAUGCAUGCCAGAGAGUGGAUCAGCCCGGCCACAGUGACCUUCAUUGCCAAUCAGCUGGCGGAGGGUUGGGAGGAUCUGCCGGAGCAUAUGCGCAGCAUCAACUGGUACAUCCAUCCGGUGGCCAAUCCCGAUGGCUACGAGUACUCCCACACCACCGAUCGUCUGUGGCGCAAGAACAUGCGCGCCCAUGGCCGCCAGUGUCCCGGCGUUGAUCUCAAUCGCAACUUUGGCUACAAGUGGGGCGGCAAGGGCACCUCGGCCAGUCCCUGCUCGCAGACAUAUCGCGGCAGCAAGGCCUUCUCCGAGCCAGAGACCUUCUACAUCUCGAAGUUCAUUAGCGGCUUCCCACGCGAGACCUUCCAGGCGUAUCUCUCGUUCCACAGCUACGGCCAGUACAUUCUCUACCCGUGGGGCUACGACUACCAACUGACGCAGGAUCGUGCCGAUCUCGAUCGUGUGGCACGCCAAGCGGGCACGAGCAUCACCAAGUCAACGGGCGUCAAGUAUACGGUGGGAUCUUCGGCCACCACUCUGUACCCAGCUGCCGGUGGCUCCGAUGACUGGGCCAAGGGCAUUGCCGGCAUCAAGUAUGCCUACACCAUCGAGAUGGGCGACACCGGGCGCUAUGGCUUCGUUCUGCCCGCUCGCUUCAUUCAGUAUAAUGGCAAGGAUGGCUACACCUUCGCGGACACCGUUGCCCGUGCCAUUGCCCAGGGGCGUGGCAAGGCGGUGGGCAGGAACAGCAGCGGCAGCGGCAGCAGUCGACGCCGCCACUAGGAUGAUUUCGCGUGUAACCCUAGUUAAAUGCAAAUAAUUUUUUUUUUGUUUUUUUUUUUUAUGUUUUUAC